GAAAUCGAAUCCCGUUGCAGAAUACUGCAUUGCAUUUUGGAUGCGAUUGUGAGAAAGAAUUGGAAAAAUGUACAGCCGCAAGCUGAGCCGCAUGCACCGGCCGCCCUCGGACACCAGCAAAUACGACAAUGAGCCGUACAUGAAGAAUCCCCUGCUCAAGUUUCGCAUUUCGGAUGUGCACGAGCGCCGACACUAUCAGUUCCUCAAGCAGAAGGCGGCUGACGUGAAGGUGCGAAUUGCACGCCAGCACUGGCCACCCGAACCGGACAUUCGGCCGCUGCCGCAGUCCCACUACGUGGACAAUCUGCGGCGCGAGGUGCGCAAGAUCAUCGUGCCGCCCAUGCUGCGCAAGACGGAGGCCAAGAUUUUGAGCUUCGCCUCGGAACGCUUGCGGAACAGAUACCCGGAGCUGGUGGACUCGUACAUGAGGGAUGUGCACGAGGAGUACAACCGCCUGAUGAAGAUCUACAGCAUGAAGAACAUACUGCGCCACCCUGAGUUCUCCGACGAAGAUCCAUCCAAAUUUGAACUGCCGCAAGCGGACUUCCACUUCAAGCGGCCCGGUCGCACGGCCAACUACAGCGCUUAUCUGGAGAACCGCCGUAAGAUUGGCCAGAAGCUGCUCAUCCUGCAGCUGCCCAUGCGUGCCGUGCUGAGCAUUUCGGUGUCGGAUCUGCCAGACGUCGUCUGCAUUUUCAAGUACAUAAGCGCCACGGGCGCCCAGCAGCAGCAAAUGGGUCUGGGUGGACGCGAAGCGCUCUCCUACAAAUUCUACCGCAAGUACAUCCAGAACCAGUUGGACAAAGUGAACACCUUUCUGCGUUGGACCUGGUAUCCCAAGCUGGUGAUUGUGUUGCGCAAGAUGCUGCGCAAGCGAGUGAUGACUCCGGCGCUGUGGAAGCGUGCCUGGAGUGGCCUGGAGGGACUGAUGAAUCGGGAGCUGAACAAUAUGAAGAUGCGGACAUUCAUCACAAUGUUUCGCAUCUGCAGCAAUCCGCGCACGAUGCCCAUGUUCCGCAUGUCCCUGGAGUGGACAGAGGUCUCGGGGGAACUGGACACGCGGCCCAAUCUGUACAGCAUUCUACGCACCUUUGCUGAGAUCUCCACGGAAAUCUCGAUGGUCGGCUAUCGCAUGGAGUCGCUGCAGCCGCAGGUGGAAACGCUCACCUCAAUGGCCGCGUACGCGAAGGUCAAUGACUACCUGAAGAUCGAGAUGAACGACAACUCGCUGAAGGAUGUCAUUGACAAGGUGCAGAAGAUCAUCAUUGCCACUUACGAGGAGGUCACAGCGUACAUCGACAACUUUAGGAGCAAAUACGAUGCGCUGUUCUCGUGGGAAGAGCGCGAUGCCCUCAACAACUUCCUGGCCGAGUCGCAUGCCUUCGAGGAGUACUUUGCGCGGAUCGAUGUCUAUUACGAGUUCAUCAAUAUGCUACGCAGCGAACCGGGCAUCGAGUACUUUGUCAUGGCCGUCAUCCACAAUGAGCCAGCGAUCCAGGGACUGCGCAACCUGGCCGAGAAUCUGAUAGCCGAGAUCACCGUCAUCAUUAUAAGGGAGCACAUCAAGGCCGAGGAGGAGAUUUGUGAGGAGUUUGAGAAGAUCAAGUAUCGAGCUCUGGAGAUACCAAAGUCUACGGAGGAGCUGCUCGAGAGCGCCGACUACAUGAUCCACGUGAAGACGGUGAAGCUGGCGGAGCUGACGGAUCGCAUUCAGUACUGCCUGCAGGUGGGCACCAACAUUGUCGAGCUGACAGAGAUGUCCAAGUAUCACUUCGAUCUGACCAUCAAGACCAUCAACUGGAUCAAGGACAUCAACGAGAUAUGCGAGUACAAUGCCUCGCAGCAGGAGCAGUUCAAGUUCCUCUUCGAGGAGCAUCUGCAGGAGGUGGUGAAGAAGCUGAACUCUGACAUUGAGGAAAUGCUGCCCAAGCUGGCCAUCAUCGAUGACAUGAGUCGCCCAGAGAAGUUUCGCGACAGCUACAUAAUCCUCCAGAACUUUAUUGAUCAGUUGAAAACUUUUGAUGACUACGUCGCGUGGAUCAACAAGGAGGAGAAGCUGUUCAAAGUGGCACAAACGGAGUAUCCCACGCUGGAGGUGAUCAAGUCGUUUGUCUAUCCAUUUGCAGAGAUCAUGAAAUGCUGCAUUGACUGGCAGCGCUACUUGAAUGUGUGGCAGGAUGGACCCUUUGAGUAUUUGGAGCCCAAGUUUGUGGAAUCCACAACGGACAAUUAUCUGAAGGAGUUCCAGAAGAAUCAGAAAUAUUAUCGCGUCAAGAUCAAACAGGAUCUCAUUGACAAUCCCGUGUGCAAAUUCAAGGGCCAAACGGAGGAUCCCGAUCCGGCCAAGCAUCCAGUGCCGCUGCGACUUUGCACUUCCAUGAUUCAGUCCAUUAAAGACUUUACCACCGGCGUCUUUGUUGUCAAUAUAAUGUGCAAUCCGGCACUGAGGAAGCGCCACUGGAAGGAAAUGUCGGAAAUUGCCGGCUUCGAUGUCACACCGGAUGCGGGCACUACGCUGCGGAAGAUACUCAACUCUGGACUGGAUCACAUACUCGAUCAGUUUGAGAUCAUCAGCAUCAGUGCCAACAAGGAGCUGCAGCUGUGGAAUGCCCUGCAGGCCAUGAUCAAGGAGUGGGAGAACAAGGUCUUCCCCACGGGCCCGUAUAAGGAGACGGGAGUGACGAUCCUCAAUAGCCUGGACGACAUUCAGGCGCUGUUGGACGAUCACAUCCUCAAGACACUGACCAUGCGCGGCUCGGCGUUCAUGAAGCCCUGCGAGGAGGAGGUGCGCGCGUGGUACGAGAAGAUAAUGCGAGUCAACGAGACGCUCGAUCAGUGGGGCAAGGUGCAGGCCAACUAUCUGUAUCUGCUGCCCAUAUUCUCCUCCAAGGAUAUCGUAGCACAAAUGCCAGAGGAGGGUCGCCUCUUCACCAUUGUGGAGCAGACAUACUCCCGCAACAUGGGCCUGGUGCUGCGUCAGCCGCUGGUGAUGGAAACGGCGCCCGCAUCCGGACUGCUCGAGUCUCUGCAGAAGGCCAACGAGCUGCUCGAGGAUAUAUCCACGGGUGUGAGCAAUUACCUUGAGAAGAAGCGUUUGUUCUUUCCGCGUUUCUUCUUCCUGGCCAACGAUGAGAUGCUGGAGAUACUCUCGGAGACAAAGGAUCCGCUGCGCGUGCUGCCGCAUCUGAGCAAGUGCUUUGAGGGCAUCAACAGCCUGGAGUUUGACUCGAGCAAGAAUGUGCUGGCCAUGAUAAGCAGCGACAAGGAGUACAUCGAGUUCAUUGAGCCUGUGUCCACGUUGGCAGCCGGCGGCAGCGUGGAAAAAUGGCUCAUUGGCGUGGAGGAUGAGAUGCUGAAGGCGGUGCGCAACCAGAACGAGCUCUCCUACGGCCACUAUCCGAAGGUGAAGCGCCACGAGUGGGUGCUGGAGUGGCCCCAGAUGACGGUGCUGGCCAUCUCGCAGGUCUUUUGGGCAGCCAAAAUGCACGGCUGCCUGCGUCGCAGCUUUGGCGGCAAUCAGACCGUGAUGACAAACUUCUUCCAGGAGUUGUCCAAGGAACUAAACGACAUUGUGGCCCUCGUGCGUUCGCCUGUGAUUAGCAAUCUCAACAGGAUCACCAUCAAGUCACUGAUCGUCAUCGAUGUGCAUGCCAAGGAUGUCACCGAGGAGCUCAUUCGGCUGAAGAUCAGCAGCGAAUACGACUUCCAGUGGCUCGCCCAAAUGCGCUACUACUGGGAGGAGGAGAAGACUCUGGUGCGGAUCAUCAACGCCACCGUGCCCUUUGCCAACGAGUAUCUGGGCAACUCGGAUCGCCUGGUGAUCACACCACUCACGGAUCGCUGCUAUCGCACGCUGGUUGGCGCCUAUCAACUGCAUUUAAACGGCGCCCCAGAGGGUCCCGCGGGCACUGGCAAAACGGAAACCACCAAGGAUCUGGCCAAAGCGCUGGCCGUUCAGUGCAAAGUCUUCAAUUGCUCCGAUGGACUGGACUACAAGGCCAUGGGCAAGUUCUUCAAGGGCCUGGCCUCGUGCGGCGCCUGGGCCUGCUUCGAUGAGUUCAAUCGCAUUGAGCUGGAGGUGCUGUCGGUGGUGGCCCAACAGAUUCUGCUCAUCAUCCAAGCGGUGCGUGCGAAUGUCAGCAAGUUUAUGUUCGAGGGCACAGAACUGAUGCUGAAUCCCGCCGUCUAUGUCUGCAUCACCAUGAAUCCCGGCUACGCGGGUCGCUCCGAGUUGCCCGACAAUCUGAAGGUGCUCUUCCGAUCCGUGGCCAUGAUGGUCCCGGACUACGCCAUGAUUGGUGAGAUUUCCCUCUACUCGUAUGGCUUUGUGGAUGCCCGCAAGCUGGCCGUUAAGAUUGUGACCACCUACAGGCUCUGCUCGGAGCAGUUGUCCAGCCAGAACCACUACGACUACGGCAUGCGAGCGGUGAAGACGGUGCUCUCCGCCUGUGGCAACAUCAAAAAGCAAUACCCAGACGAACUGGAGGAUAUUCUCCUCCUGCGCAGCUUGAUCGAUGUGAAUCUGCCCAAGUUCCUGUCGUUCGAUGUGCCGCUCUUCGAGGGCAUCAUCUCGGACAUCUUUCCGGGCAUCAGUCUGCCGCACAUCGACUACAGUCUCUUUGAGACCGAGUUCAAGCGCGUCUGCAAGGAGGAGGUGUUGGAGCCAGCCCCGUCAUUCCUCACCAAGGUUAUCCAGACGUACGAGAUGAUUAUUGUGCGGCACGGCUUCAUGCUGGUGGGUGAACCGCUGGCGGGCAAGUCCAAGACGCUGCAGGUGCUCGCCAAAGUCAUGUCUGCGCUGAAGAUCAAGGCGCCGGACAAGAGCAGCUACUUCCAGCACGUCCUAAUGGGCAUCAUGAAUCCCAAGUCGAUAACCAUGAACCAGUUGUACGGCUCAUUUGAUCCCAUAUCCUACGAGUGGACCGAUGGCCUGGUGGCCAAGAUAUUCCGUGAGUUUGCCAUGACACCCACGCCGGACCGCAAAUGGGUGAUCUUCGAUGGGCCCGUGGAUGCUGUGUGGAUUGAGAACAUGAACACGGUGCUGGAUGACAACAAGAAGCUGUGCCUGACCAGCGGCGAGGUCAUCACCAUGUCCCACGAAAUGUCCAUGAUCUUUGAGGUAAUGGACCUCGCGCAGGCCUCGCCAGCCACCGUCUCCCGCUGCGGCAUGAUCUACAUGGAACCCUCGACGCUGGGCUGGCGUGCCUUUGCCAACAGUUGGCUCAAGAAGGCCGAUCCACGCUGGGCCGACGCGGAGGGUGUCGAAUAUGUGACGGCCAUGCUGCAGUGGCUGCUGCCCCAGUGCCAGACCUUUGUGCGUCGCCACUGCAGCCAGUUCGUGCGUUCCGGGGAGUUUAACUGCAUGCAGACGACCUUUGACCUCAUUGACAUGCUGCUGGAUGAGGCCAUCGAGGAGAAUCCCGAGGACUAUCAAAAGUACAUUGUGGGCUACUUCCAGGCGGCCAUUCUGUUCGCGCUGGUCUGGGGUGUGGGCGGCAUUCUGGACACAGCUUCGAGGGAUAAGUUUGAUGCAUUUUUGAGAAAGAUAUAUGACGGCGAGGAGGCACACCCACCCGAGGCUCUAGGCAAAAUGGAGGUCACUCCGCCCGUGGAGGGUCUCAUCGUGGAGUAUGUUUACGUCUUCAAGCAGCGCGGCACUUGGCGCUACUGGCCGGAGCUGGCCAAGCGCAUGGAUGUGGAGGAGACCAAGACGGGUGUGAUUGUGCCCACGGUGGACACGGCACGCUAUGUGCAUCUCCUCAAGAUGCAUGUGAAGCACAAGAAGCGCAUGCUGCUGGUCGGACCCACGGGCACCGGCAAGAGCGUUUAUGUGCAGAAUUAUUUGAUGAACAAACUGAACCAGGAGGAGUACGAGACGGGCUUUAUCACCUUCACAGUGAUGAUCACCGCCAAUCAGUGCCAGGAUCUGCUCAUUUCGAAGCUGCAAAAGUUGAAGCGUGGCAUCUAUGGGCCGCCCAAGGGCAUGCAGAGCGUCCUCUUUGUCGACGACAUGAACAUGCCCGUGAAGGAGGUGUAUGGGGCACAACCACCGCUGGAGCUGCUGCGCCAGUACUUUGACUACGGCCACGUGUACGACCUGAAGGAUGCCUCCAAGCUGUACAUCAACGAUGUGCUGAUCAUAGCUGCCUGUGGCCUGCCCGGCGGCAGUCGCCAGGAUGUCUAUGCGCGCUUCCUCAAUCACUUUAAUGUGUUCUCCAUCAACACCUUCAGCGAUGACAGCAUGUUCCGCAUCUUCCUGAAUGUGGCACUCAACGGUUUGAGGCGCUCCGGCCACGGGCAGGAUGUGUUUGUGGUGACCAAUCAGAUUGUCAGCGCCACGCAGAGCAUCUACAAGAGUGUGCAGUCGGAGAUACGUGCCACGCCAGCCAAGAGCCAUUACAUCUUCAAUCUGCGCGACAUUUCACGCGUCGUCACGGGCUGCACGCUGGUGCGCAAGGAGUCCGUCAAUGACAAGAAGAUGCUGGUGCGCGUGUGGUACCACGAGGCCAUGCGCGUGUUCUACGAUCGCCUGGUGGACGACACCGAUCGCAAGUGGAUGUUUGACAAGCUGAACGAGUGCCUGAAGGCCAACUUCAAGGACAAAGUGGAGAACAUCUUCGACAAGUACUGCGUGCAGGUGGGCGAUGAGCAAGUCUUCAGCAUGGAAACUGCCAACAAUGUCUUCUUUGGCGUCUACUUUGACGAAGACAGUGUGCCGGAUGAGCGGCGUUACGAGGAGGUGCCCAGCGUGGAGGUUUUCCUCAAGGUGGCCCUGGACAGCCUCGACGACUACAACUCGACGCGUCGCUCCAAGAUGGACAUCACCCUCUUCACCUUUGCGCUGCAGCAUCUGAAUCGCAUCUGCCGCAUCAUCUCCAUCCAGGGAGCGAGCGCAUUGCUCAUCGGACUGGGCGGCUCCGGUCGCCAAUCGCUGACGAAGCUGGCCACCAACAUGGUGCAGACCUCGUUCUUUCAGCCGGAAAUUACCAAGAACUACGGCGCCAGUGACUGGCAUGAUGACAUCAAAGUAAUACUCAAGGAAGCGGGUGGCAUGAACAAACACACAACCUUUCUGAUGACCGAGAAUCAGAUCAAGAUGGAGCUCUUCCUGCAGGACAUUGACUGUCUGCUGAAUCAGGGCGAGGUGCCCAACAUUUUCCCCAUCGAUGAGAAGCAGGAGGUGCUGGAGAUGGUGCGUCUGGCCGCACAGGGCGGCAAUCGCAACAUUGAUGUGUCGCCGCUGCAGGUCUUCUCCUUCUUCGUGAAUCGCUGCAAGCAGAAGCUGCACAUGGUGUUGAGCUUCUCGCCCAUUGGGGAUGCACUGCGCACGCGCGUCCGCCUCUACCCGUCGCUGGUCAACUGCUGCACCAUCGACUGGUACGACAGCUGGCCGGAGGAGGCGCUGCAGAUGAUUGCCAAGAUGUCGCUGGUGGAUGUGAAUGUGCCCUCGGAGGAGAUCAAAAUGGCCAUUGUCGACACCUGCCAGUACUUCCACACGACGGCUGCCCGCGCCACGCGCGCCUUUUGCCAGCAGACGGGGCGGCACAUCUACCAGACGAAUGCCUCCUUCAUCGAGCUGAUACGCUCCUUUCAGACACUCAUUGACCGCAAGCAGAGCGAGACAAUGUUCGCCAAGAUGCGUUACAUUGGGGGCCUGGACACGCUGGCCAAUGCAGCGGCUGCCAUUUCCAUUAUGCAGCGAGAUCUGAACGCCCUGCAGCCAAAGCUGGUGGCUCUGGCGGAGGCCUCGCGCAAAAUGAUGCUCGAAAUCAACAAGGAGACGCUGGCAGCCAGUGCUGCCGCUGAGCAGGUGAAGCGGGACGAGGAGGUGGCCUCCGUGCAGGCUGUGGCCGCGCAGGUGCUGAAGAACGAGUGCGAAAAGGAUUUGGCCAAGGCCAUACCCGUCCUCGAGGAUGCCCUGGCUGCUCUCAACACACUGAAACCCGCCGACAUCACGCUCGUAAAGUCCAUGAAGAAUCCGCCAUCGGUCAUCAAGCUGGUCAUGGCAGCGGUGUGCGUGAUCAAGGCCAUUCCGGCGGACCGUGUGCCCGAUCCUGCGUCGGGUAAGAUGGUGAUGGACUACUGGGGACCCAGCAAGCGGCUGCUGGGCGAGAUGAACUUCCUGCCCGCCCUCAAGGAGUUCGACAAGGACAACAUUCCCGUGGAGAUCAUGAAGCGCAUUCGCAAGGAGUUCAUACCCAACAAGGACUUUGAUCCCAAGGUGGUGGCCAAGGCCUCGAGUGCCGCGAAGGGUCUCUGCCAGUGGAUCAUUGCCAUGGACAUGUACGACGAUGUGGCCAAGGUGGUGGCACCCAAGAAGGCAAAGCUGGCCGGUGCCGAAAAGGAAUACGCGGACACCAUGAGCUUCCUCGCGGAGAAGCGUGCCCUGGCCGCAGCGCUCGAGGAGAAGGUGGCGCUGCUCAACAUUGAGCUGGACAAGGCCAACGAGGAGAUGAAGAAGACCGAGGAGCACGCGGAGAACUGUCGCAACAAGCUGCUGCGCGCUGAGGCGCUCAUCGGGGGACUGGGCGGCGAGAAGUCACGCUGGAACAAGGCAGCGGAUGACCUGCAGGAUUUGUACGACCAUCUGCCUGGCGAUGUGCUGCUCUCGUGCGGCAUCAUUGCCUACCUGUCCGCGGUGAAUCUGCAGGCGAGAACCGAGUGCGUGAACGAUUGGUUCGAGAAGGUGACGAGCCUGCGGAUUCCCUGCUCCAAGAAGUACUCCAUCACGGAGGUGCUCGGCCUGGAAGUGACCAUCCAAAACUGGCAGCUGGACGGCCUGCCCAACGAUGAGUUCUCCAGCGAGAAUGCCAUCAUAGUGUCCAGCUCCAGUCGCUACAGUCUCUUCAUUGAUCCGCAGGGCCAAGCGAACAAUUGGCUGAAGAAUAUGGAGCGCAAGAAUCGUCUGAACUGCGUCAAGUUCAAUCAGGGCAACUACAUGCGCGUCAUCGCGGAGGCCAUGGAGUACGGCACGCCCGUGAUCAUUGAGAAUGUGCAGGAGGAGCUGGAGGUGCCGCUGGAUCCCAUCCUCAUGCAUCAGACCUUUAUUCAGGGUGGCGUCAAGCACAUCAGCCUGGGCGAGUCGGUGGUGCCGCUGUCCCCCAACUUUCGGCUGUACAUGACCUGCAAUCUGCGCAAUCCGCACUUUCUGCCGGAGACCUUCAACAAGGUGACGGUGAUUAACUUUGCCCUCACCCAGAAUGCACUGAUGGACCAGCUGCUGAGCAUUGUGGUGGCCAAGGAGCGGCCCGAUCUGCAGGAGCUGCGCAUCACACUAACCACAGAGGCGGCGGCCAACAAGGGCGCACUGCGCGAUGCCGAGAACCUCAUCCUGAAGACACUCUCCGCCAGCGAGGGCGACAUACUCGAGAAUGAGGCUGCCAUACAGAUACUGGGCGAAUCGAAGGGUCUGUCCAAGGACAUUCAGGAGAAGCAAGAGGCGGCCAAGGAGACGUCCGCCAAGAUAGAGGCUUUCCGACUCAACUACAAACCGGUGGCCGUGCACUCGUCCAUUCUGUACUACUCCAUCACGGAUCUGCCCAACAUCGAUCCCAUGUACCAGUUCUCGCUCAAUUGGUACAUCAAUCUGUACAUGUACUCCAUCGACACGGCCAACAAGUCCAAGGAUCUGCCGCGACGCAUCAAGUUUCUGGUCGAUGGGUUCACCAAGAACCUCUACAACAACGUUUGCCGCUCCAUCUUCGAGAAGGACAAGCUGCUCUUCUCGUUUAUACUCACCGCGCGCGUGCUGCUGGGCACGGGCCAGGUGGAGAUGCGGCAUCUGGCGCAUUUGGUCACCAAUGCCAAAGAGUCCACCCAGAUGCCGCCCAACCCUGAUCCCAGUUGGAUUACAGAGACCGUCUGGCUGAACGUGCUGCGGCUGGAGGAGCUCAAGGAGCUGCGCGGCAUUGUGGAUGCGUUCCGUAGGAAUCUGCCGGCUUGGCAGGCCAUCUAUGACCACGCCUCGCCGGAGCUGCAGCCACUGCCUGCGCCGUGGCACGACAAGACCACAGCCUUCGAGAAGAUCAUCGUGCUGAAGGCCCUGCGCCCGGACUCUGUCUUCCUGGCGGUGCGCAACUUUAUUGCAAUCACCAUCGGGGAUCAGUAUGUGUCGCCGCCAGAGUUUGACAUUUCCAAAUCCUACGCCGACUCCACAGCGCUGACUCCGCUCGUGUUUAUCCUCUCACCGGGCGCUGAUCCGUUGGGCUCGCUGCUGGCAUUCGCCGAGAAAAUGGGCCAGGAGGAGACGUUCCAGAGCAUCUCGCUGGGCCAGGGUCAGGGCCCCAUUGCCACGGCGCUCAUUAAGAGCGCUCAGGAGAUGGGCUACUGGGUGUGUCUGCAGAACUGCCACUUGGCUGCCUCCUGGAUGCCCGCCCUGGAGUACAUGUGGGAGAACAUGGACACCUUCAACACAGUUCCAAAUUUCCGCCUCUGGCUGACUGCCUAUCCGACGCCACAGUUCCCGGUGACCAUUCUGCAGAAUGGCGUCAAGAUGACCAAUGAACCGCCCACUGGCCUGAGGGAGAACCUAAUGCGCUCCUACAACUCGGAGCCAAUCAAUGAGUACGAGUUCUAUGCGGGCUGUGCCAAGCAGGAUCGCGCCUUCACGCGGCUGCUCUAUGGCAUUUGCUUCUUCCAUGCGGUGGUGCAGGAACGACGCAAGUACGGGCCACUCGGCUGGAACAUUGCCUACGGAUUCAACGAGUCCGAUCUGCAGAUCUCUGUGCUGCAGUUGAGCAUGCUGCUCAAUCAAUACGAACACGUGCCCUACGAUGCCAUUUCGUAUCUGACCAGCGAGUGCAAUUAUGGCGGUCGUGUCACAGACAACUGGGAUCGACGCGCGAUCGUCACGAUUCUGGCAGACUUUUGCAAUCCCCAGGUGGUGUCCGACAAUCGCUAUAGAUUCGCCACAGACGAUCGCUACAUCCUGCCACGCAAAACGGAGCACCGCGAGAUGCUGCGCUACCUGGAGGACAAUAUACCUUCGCUGGCACCGCCAGAGGUCUACGGUCUGCAUGCGAACUCUGGCAUAACGCGAGAUCUGCAGACCACGAAGACGCUGCUCGAUUCGAUGAUCCUGCUGCUGGGCAGCGAGGCGGCAGGCACCGCAGGCGCUGGAGUCAGCGUGGAGCAGAUCAUUUUGAACACCAUCAAGCAGAUCGAGGGGGAUAUGCCGGCGGACAUGGACAUUGAGGCUGCGGCCGAGAAGUAUCCCGUGGACUACAAUGAGUCCAUGAACACGGUUGUGGUGCAGGAAAUGGAACGUUUCCUCAAGCUGCAAAAGGAGAUUCGUGCCUCCUGCAGGGACCUGGCCAUGGGCAUCAAGGGCAUCAUUGUGAUGACACCCGAUCUGGAGAAUGUGAUGACAGCAAUGAAAUUCAAUCGCAUACCGCUCAAGUGGAUGUCCAAGUCGUAUCCGAGUCUCAAGCCACUGGGUUCGUAUGUCCAGGAUCUGUACAAGCGCCUCAACUGGCUGUUCCACUGGCACAUGCACGGCAAGCCGCCCACCUUCUGGCUGUCUGGGUUCUUCUUCACGCAGGCUUUUCUCACUGGAGCCAUGCAGAACUUUGCGCGCAAGCACAAGAUUCCCAUUGACACGCUGACCUUCGACUACGAUGUGCUCAAGGUGGAGACGAAGGCCUCGCCCCCGGAUGAUGGUGUCUACUGCAACGGCCUGUUCGUGGAGGGUGCACGCUGGGAGUGGGAGCAGAAUAUGCUGGUGGAGCAGCAUCCCAAAAUACUGAUCUAUACCAUGCCCGUCAUCUUCUUUCGGCCCGUGCUCAUUGUGGAGCUGGUGGAGGGCACGCGCUAUCGCUGUCCCCUGUACAAGACAGGCGAACGCAAGGGCACGCUCUCCACCACAGGCCACUCGACGAACUAUGUGGUGCCGCUGCUGCUCAACACCCAAGCGAAGCCCUCACACUGGGUGAAGCGUAGCGUGGCGCUCAUCUGCCAGACGAACGACUGAACUGAGGUAAUGACUGAGUGAUUUCAAUACAUGUGUGUGUGGUU